AUGGAGCUCUUGAACAUCGCCAGCAAUCCAUGGCUUCCAUCUCUGAUCCUCCUUUUCUCCCUUUUAAUCUGGCUUAAACUAUCAAAAAGGAAACGCUUGAAUCUGCCUCCAUCACCCCCCAAAGCUGCCACUCAUCGGCAACAUCCAUCAAGUCGGCAAAGUCCCCCACAGCUCUCUCCGAGACCUCUCGAGGAACUACGGCCCUCUCUUGCUCCUACAGUUGGGCUUAAUUCUGGAUGUAUUCUGAGUCACAAAAGUGAGGAGGAAGAUGGGUGCAGCAAGUUCGGGCAGUUGAGUAAAAGGCUGUUGAGUCUCACCACUGCUUUCUGUGUUGGCGAUCUGUUUCCUUACUUGGGAUGGCUCGAUGUUCUAACUGGAUAUAUCCCGAGUAUGAAAGCUUUAUCUGCGGAAUUUGAUGCAUUCCUUGAUCAGGUAAUUCAGGAGCAUAGAGGUCUUGGGGGUAAUCGCCAGGUUUCAAAUAAAAAGGACUUUGUUUCCAUCAUUAUGCAGCUCCAAAAGAAUCGCAUGUAUGACAUGGACCAGGGUUUUAAAUAG